AUGAAGCCUCCAAUCCUGAUGUUUACUAUGCAUCUGUUAUGGUUGAAAGGCUGUCAGUGUGCACCUACUUGGAAAGACACAACUGAUCUCGGUGAAAACCUAAAGAGCUUGUCUGUGGUUGGAGAGCAAUACGUAGAUGAAGAGGUGAAGAAAGCUUUGAUUGGGAUUAAGCGGAUGAAAAUCAUGAUGGAAAGAAAUGAAGUAAAACAUAAAGAGCUAAUGAAAACCCUGAAGAAAAGCAGUAAAGAAAAACAGGAGGCCCUCCAACUUAUGAAUGAAGUCAAAGAAAGACUGGAGGUGGAGGAAAGACGAUGCCAGGUGUCUUUGACAGGUUUAUGGGAUGAAUGCAAGUCUUGUCUGGAAAGUAGCUGCAUGAGAUUUUAUACAACCUGCCAACCAGGUUGGUCCACUGUGAUAAACAAGAUUGAAAGCUUUUUCAAGAAAAUGCCUCAGUUAUUUUUUCCUUUUCGUGAGGAUGAAGCAAAAGCUCUUCCUGUCACUGAAAAGCCAAAUGAGGAGGAUGCUCAGCUAUCCCAAAUGGAGGGCACAUUCAGCCAACUUGCCAUGGAUGUGAACACACUAUUUGACAGGAGCACCGAUGUCUUCAAACAGAUACAGAGAGAAUUUGACCAGGCUUUCCAAACGUAUUUCACCUCAGACGCAGACUUAACAGAGCCCUACUUCCUUCCGGCCUUAUCAGACACAACCCCCCAAAACACAAGUCUUCUGAAAAGCUGGGAGAUACCCAAUUUCUUUCAGCUGUUUUUUGAUUUCAGCAAAUCAAUUUUGAUAGGUAUUGGUGAGAUGAUUACUGAAAUGAUACAAGGAAUGAAGAAUUUACCAGAACAAGUGAAAGAGCCAGACAAAGGAGGCAUGUUUUCAGAGAUUUUUCCUGGACACCACAGAGUACCAUGUAAAGAGUUUAGCCAGAAUUUGUCUGGAUGUUCUGAAUUUCAUGAAAGAUGCCAAAAAUGUCAAGAAAAUCUCUUGCAGGACUGCCCUGAUGUCCCCGAGUUGCACAUGAAGUUUGAUGAAGCCUUUAAACUGUUUAACAUUUCUGAGCAGCAAUACACUCAGAUUUUCCAGAUGACUCAGCAUCACAUGGAAGACAUGAUAGCCAUGAUGGGGAAGAUGAGGGAGAAGUUUGGAUGGGUGACUGAACUCUCUCACUGGACCAGAGGAUCAGAAAAUAUCUUCAAUAUUAUAAAGGUAGCUCCAAGAACUGGUGAAGAAAAGUCUGCCAAUCCGAAUGACACUCUGCUUGAAGUGAGCAUCCUGACUUCCCCUUCUUUCACCAUCAAAGUCCCCCAGGAUGUCAACAUGGAUGACUCCAACUUCAUUGAAUAUGUGGUUGGGAAAGCUUUACAGUAUUACAAGCAACAUUUUUGA